AUGCACAAGAUCAAGAACGAGAUUAACAAGGCUUAUAGAAGCGUGGCUGAGAAAAUGAUGGGCGAGAUGAGCGAGAGUACUUUCUUAACCAAGGGCCAGCUCACCCCAGACGAGUUUGUCCUCGCAGGGGACACCCUCGUUGAUAAAUGUCCUACCUGGAGCUGGGAAGCAGGAUCCGAAUCUAAAAGAAAUCCUUCCUUGCCUGAUGACAAACAGUUCUUGAUCAUCCAUGAUGUUCCUAGUAGAAUGAGGGCAAAAGAUUUGAUAGAUGAAGACAAGAACCAGAUCAACGAGAUUGAAGACGAAGACGGCUGGGUCAUCGCUGAGCAGAAGGAGAAAACUGAAAUUGAAGAUAUUGAUAAAGAGGAAAUCAAGAAGGAAGAAGAAGAUGAAAUCGUUGAUAUAGAUGAUGAGUGUGAUUCAGAUGAUGAUGACGAUGAUGAUAAUAUACUCGCCAAGAAGGAUGAUGAAGAUGAGAAGAAGGAAGAUGAUGAAGAUGGAGUUGUCAGGUGCAGGAGGUAUAAUAUUAGUCUAACUUAUGACAAGUAUUAUGCCACCCCUAGACUGUGGCUUCAAGGUUAUGGUGAAGAUAAAGAACCUUUAGACAAACAGAUGUUUGAAGAUGUCAUGGCUGAACAUGCUAAGAAAACAGUCACUUUAGAAAAACAUACUCAUAUUGAUGGUCCUAAGCAAGCAACCAUUCACCCUUGAGAACAUGCAAACGUUAUGAAGAAAAUGAUUGAUGUAAUGAUGGAAAAUGGAAAGGAGCCGACCGUUGACAGCUAUAUGUUCAUCUUUUUGAAGUUCUUGUCAUCUGUAAUCCCAACUAUUCAAUAUGACUACACAACUGAUAUUGAGCUCUAA